AAUCGCUUCAUUUUGCGGCACAAAACCUAUUGAAAGUAAUUUAUUCUAGAACGAAUCGGCGCUUUUGACCGCGGUGCGUCCAUUAAUAGCGGUUACUCUGUGAUUCACCGAUCCUAGUUACCCCCCACAAUCUGUUCGCCCAGCGUGUGCCAGUGCGCGACGACAGCAGGAAGGAAAGGAAGGUAGAAAAAUUAGAAGGAUUUUCUCGACAGAAGCACAGGGCACUUUCCACACGCGGAGCACACACAGAUCCACACAGGUUCACACGGGCGCACUUGCAAACCCAAAGGCGCACACGAGACGCAGCUGCACUUGCUUAUAAAAAAGGGCUCACUUGUGUUACCAAGAUUAAGGCGACAUUUUUUCUUCUAUCCAUCGGCGAACGUGUGUAGUAGGGCCGGAAAACGUUUUUCAUUUGAUUCGUCAUCGCGUAGCCCACCCCCCCGCCGCCGGUUUUGGUAGUGCCGAACAAGAAGGAACCAUUACUGUGAUACAGAACAAAGGAUAACUUUCGUUGGAAGCAAGCAAGUGCUAAAGCAUCUUUUAUCGUAUCGUCGUGCUUUUUAAGAACCAUCAACAUGACGUGGGAACCGCAGCCGGAUGGUCUGAACCAGAUCAUCACCUUGCUGAAGCAGUCACAAUCAACGGAUAAUACGAUACAGCGGGCGGUGCAGAUGAAACUCGAGGAACUCAACCAGUACCCGGAUUUCAAUAACUAUCUGAUUUACGUGCUGACAAAGCUCACAUCGCAGGAUGAACCGACACGCUCCCUAUCCGGGCUGAUCCUGAAGAACAACAUCCGCAUUCACGGAACGCACCUGCAGCCGGCCAUCAUCGAGUACAUCAAACAGGAGUGCCUGAUGGCGCUCGGUGAUCCGUCCCCGCUGAUCCGGGCAACCGCCGGUAUCCUCAUCACGACCAUCGCAAACAAGGGCGGCCUGCAGAACUGGCCCGAGCUGCUGCCAACGCUGUGCGACAUGCUCGACUCGCAGGACUACAGUGUGUGCGAGGGUGCGUUCGGGGCGUUGCAGAAAAUCUGCGAAGAUUCCGCCGACACGCUCGACAGCAGUGCGCUCAACCGUCCGCUCAACAUUAUGAUCCCGAAGUUUCUGCAAUUUUUCCGCCACUCGAGCCCGAAGAUCCGCUCGAAUGCGAUCGCGUGCAUUAAUCAGUUCAUCAUCAAUCGCACCCAGGCGCUGAUGGUGCACAUUGAUACGUUCAUCGAGAAUCUGUUCCACCUGUCGUCGGACGAGGAUCGGGAGGUGCGGAAGAACGUUUGCCGCGGGCUGGUAAUGCUGCUGGAGGUGUGCAUGGAUCGGCUGAUGCCGCACAUGAACAGCAUCAUCGAGUACAUGCUGAUCCGGACGCAGGACUCGGAUGAAACGUCGCUAGAGGCGUGUGAGUUCUGGCUAACGCUGGCGGAGCAAACGAUCUGCAAGGAGGUUCUGACGCCCCACUUACCGCGGCUCGUGCCGGUGUUGGUGCGCGGCAUGAAGUACUGCGACAUAGAUAUCAUUAUCCUGAAGGGUGACGUCGAGGAGGAUGAAAUGAUCCCCGAUCGCGAGGAGGACAUUAAGCCACGGUUCCACAAGUCGCGAACGCAUACGCAGAAAUCGUCGAGCGGUGCUAGUGCGGUCGGCAGUGGUGGAGAUGGCGCAGCUCGAUCGAUGGAGGGCAAUGACGACGACGAGGUCAUCGACGAUCCGUACGAUGAUAUGGACGACGAUAGCAAUCUGUCCGACUGGAACUUGCGAAAGUGCAGUGCCGCCGCGCUGGACGUGCUAGCGAACGUGUUCAAGGACGACUUUCUGCCGAUUCUGCUACCCAUCCUCAAGGAGACGUUGUUCCACCAGGAGUGGGUGAUCAAGGAGAGUGGAAUCCUUGCGCUCGGUGCGAUCGCCGAAGGUUGCAUGAACGGAAUGAUCCCCCAUUUGCCCGAGCUGAUACCGUAUCUAAUUGCGUGUCUAUCGGACAAGAAGGCACUGGUCCGAUCGAUCACCUGUUGGACGUUGUCGCGGUACGCGCACUGGGUCGUAAGCCAACCGCACGAUCAGUAUCUGAAGCCGUUGAUGGAGGAACUGCUGAAGCGCAUCCUCGACGCGAACAAACGGGUCCAAGAGGCGGCCUGUUCGGCGUUUGCCACACUCGAGGAGGAAGCUUGCACCGAACUUGUGCCCUACCUUGGCUUCAUACUGAAAACGCUCGUGUUUGCUUUCGGAAAGUACCAACACAAGAACCUUCUGAUACUCUACGACGCCAUUGGGACGCUGGCCGAUUCCGUGGGCCACCACCUGAACAAGCCGGAGUACAUCAACAUGCUGAUGCCGCCGCUGAUUCAAAAAUGGAACAUGCUCAAAGACGAGGACAAGGAUCUGUUCCCACUGCUCGAGUGUCUGUCGAGCGUGGCAACGGCUCUGCAGUCUGGCUUCCUGCCCUACUGCGAACCCGUGUACCGUCGAUGCAUUUCGCUGAUACAGCAAACGCUGAACCAGGAUCUGGCCAGUACGACCAGCCCCGGACAGUAUGAGCAACCGGAUAAGGAUUUCAUGAUCGUCGCGCUGGAUUUACUUUCUGGGUUGGCGGAAGGGCUGGACGGUCACAUCGAGUCGCUGGUUGUAAGCAGCAACAUUAUGCAGUUGCUCUAUCAGUGCAUGCAGGACUCGAUGCCAGAGGUACGCCAAUCCUCUUUUGCCCUGCUGGGAGACUUGACGAAGGCCUGCUUCCAGCAUGUCCAUCCACAUAUUGCCGAUUUUCUCCCAAUCCUGGGCCACAAUCUGAACCCGGAGUACAUUUCUGUUUGCAACAAUGCGACUUGGGCGAUCGGUGAGAUCAGCAUCAAACUGAUGGAGGACACGAAACCGUACAUUCCGAUAGUGCUGACGCAGUUGAUUGAAAUCAUCAACAAUACAAAUACGCCCAAAACGUUGCUGGAAAAUACCGCGAUAACAAUUGGGCGUCUCGGUCUCGUGUGCCCCGUAGAAGUGGCUCCUUCAUUGCAACAGUUCGUUCGACAGUGGUGCUCCUCAUUGCGCAACAUCCGAGACAACGAGGAAAAAGAUUCGGCCUUCCGUGGCAUGUGUCAGAUGAUCACGGUCAACCCGGUGGGUGUGGUGGCCGACUUCAUAUUCUUCUGCGAUGCUGCCGCAUCGUGGAUGAACCCGAAGAAAGAUCUCCACGAGAUGCUGCAAAAGAUUUUACACGGUUUCAAGAUGCAGGUCGGAGAGGAAAACUGGAGCCGGUUCGUGGAACAGUUUCCGCCCCAGCUCAGCGAGCGGCUGGCGGUAAUGUACAACAUUUAAAUCGUCAAGCGUUGCAGCAGAUUAGCACGACGGUGGUACAUUUUUAUAUUGCUAUAACUCAUUAUCACCACGAUCCGUACUCGAUGAACGGUAGCAAUGUUGUGGAAAGCAGUGGGGGAGGGAAGUGAGAAGCAUCGGCAAAUGAGGGAAAUAAUAUCCAUGAAUUAUCAAAUUCUUGACAAGAGCUAGUGAUCGGCAGCUUGUUUGAUUUUUUUUAACAAAAUGAAUUGAGCGAGCGCUUUAAUAGUGCAGAUGGAAUGCUAUCACGUGCUAGCGUUAAAGUUAACACAUUGCAAUAAAUUUGCGCUGUACACGUUAGAAAACAAUUUGUUCAUCAAACCAAUAGAAUUAUAUCUUAGAGGUAGAUGGAAAAUUAUCGGUAAAGUAUUUCUUCAGCGCGGUCGCCAAUUAAAGGCUAAUAACUUCAAACCUAAUGCCACAACAGCAAUGUUCUUUUGUUCGUGUAGAGAUCCUACGAACGUCCGUCGUAAACGUGUACAUCUUUGAACCGUGUGUGAUAUUAUUUCACUCUGGCGUGCAGAUGCUUCGUUGGGUUUAUUUAAUUUAGUUUUUAUUUUUCUAUAACAAGUAAAACCCCCUCCUCUAAGCGGGGUGCAUGGAAAACUAGUGCACAGUUGAAUAGCGAUUUUUCAAUUGUUUCGUUAACAUUGAAGCAUCCAACAUCGCGAUGUUUAAACGUAAUCAUUAACUCUCCCCCACUCCAUCCUCCGAUCCCAUACUCCCCAUCCUCCUUCUUUCCCUUAUGAAUAGAGAGAAGCAAAAACAACAAAGGAUAUAGAAACCAAAAUAGGAAUAGGAAACUAACACAAAAAGAGAAAGAGAGAGCAAAAGAAAAGUGCAACCAAACACUAGAUGAAAUUAGGCAGGCAUGUGAGUAGAACACAAAAACUAAUACUCUCCUUUUUGAGGACUUCCGUCACUUAGGCGGACGUAGGUGCUAGGGUAUCUCCUCUAAAUAGGGCGUAGGGCACAAAGAGAAGGAGAGAGAAAGGGAGAAAAAGAGCUAAAUCGCUAGGGCAUAGUUGAAGGGGCUAAAGGCGAAGCAAAGAAAACCUAAAAGAAUAAAAAAAACAAAUACAAAUCUAGACGAUAGGGCUGUGCGUACUCAAGUAGCAUAAGUGAUUCAGUGAAGCAACUAACUAGCAGCAGCAACAUAGAGUGUAGGGAACACAGGGAAGCUAAAAGGAAACGGAAACAUACCAAAAGCGGAAUGAUAUCCAACAUUGCCAAGUCGCCAAGAAUGAGGAGAUAGAGAUUAGAGACUAUUGAUUAGUGGAAGGUGAAUUUUAGGGCAAAUCUUAACUAAUUUCAAGACAGCAUAGGGUAAAUAUGAUAGGGAAAUCUAGGGAAAACCCCCGGUAGGGAAAUAAUGUAUGAUUGGAGUGUGGAUGAAUGCAUGUGUGCAUGUGUGAAAGUUACGGCUAUUAUACUUUGGUUUUGAAAUGCAGCGAAUAGUGCAGAAAAACAAA